AUGCAGAUCAUAAUACUUUUACUAACCUGCUUGACUUUGUGUUCUGCAAUCGAGUUCACAGACGACUGGAGAUCUUUCAGGAGACAGUUCGGCAAACAGUACAGGAGCGUUUCAGACGAGGAGUACAGGUUCCAAAUUUACACUAAUAACAAGAAGAGGAUCGACGAUCACAAUGCCAUGUUCAAUCUUGGCCUCGUUUCAUAUAGAAUGAGGAUGAACAGGUUUGGCGAUAUGCUUCAGCCCGAAGUUACAGCAUCGAUGACUGGCUUCAACAAGACAGGCCAACUGGUGGGCCACAAACUGGACGGGAUAUCCUUCUUGUACCCGGCCAACGUGCAGCUCCCUCCCGCAGUAGACUGGAGACAGAGGGGAACGGUGGCCAGGGUGAAGGAUCAAGGAAGGUGCGCUUCCAGCUGGGCCUUCAGUGCUAUUGGAGCCGUGGAAGGACAGAUAGCUAGGAGUACAGGAAAUUUGGUACCGCUCAGCGAACAGAACUUGAUGGACUGUUCAAGCACUUAUGGCAACGAAGGUUGCAAUGGAGGACUGACAGACAAUGCCUUCGAGUACAUAGCAAAGUAUGGCGUCGCCACUGAUAAUGACUACCCGUACGAAGCAGAACCCCAUUUCUGCAGGUACAGAUCUAACCUACCGUUGGUCAGGAUCAAAGGGCAUACCGAUCUGCCAAUGGGCGACGAGGAUGCUCUCAAAGCUGCUGUCGCGACAGUUGGUCCCGUGGCUGCUGUCAUCAACGCCGGGAACCCGGGAUUUACCUUCUACUCUGGAGGUAUCUUCACCGGAGAGCCCUGUGUGCCUCAUAGAUUGGACCAUGCUGUCCUCAUCGUAGGCUACGGAUCAGAGAGAGGUCAGGACUUUUGGAUAAUCAAGAACUCUUGGAACAGCAACUGGGGAGAAGAUGGUUACAUGAGGUUGGCCAGGAACAAAAGAAACGUCUGCAACAUCGCCACUAUGGCUAGUUAUCCGGUCUUGUAG